AUGGCCACGCCUGGGAGCCGGCCUUUCCCUGGCGGGUCGCGGGACAUCCUGUGGCGCGUUUUGGGUUGGAGAAUAGUUUCAAGUAUUGUUUGGUCAGUGCUGCUUCUGCCCAUCUGUACCACAGUGUUUAUAAUCUUUAGCAGCAUUGAUUUAUUUCAUCCCAUACAGUGGCUGUCAGAUUGUUUCAAUGACCUAUAUAGCUCCUAUGUAAUCUUUUACCUCCUGCUGCUUUCAGCUGUAAUAGUGAUAAUAAAUAUUUUCAAUGUAGAGUUUUAUACAGUUGUGCCUUGCAUUUCCUGCUCCAGACUGGCACUGGUCGGAAAGAUCUUUCAUCCUCAGCAAGUUAUGCAUUCACUUGUUCAUGCUUUUAUGGGGAUGGUGAUGGCGUGGUGUGCUGCCGUGAUAACCAAGGGCCGAUACAGUUUUCUUGUUGUUCCCUGCACAGAUUCUGAGAGCUUAGAUAGUCCUGCUGCACAGUCUUGUUUAAAUGAACAUCACCUUUUUUCCCUUCUGGCUGGAGCAUUCAUGGGAUAUAGCUAUAGCCUUCAGUAUUUUAUCAACAACAUGAAUUACCUUCCCUUUCCCAUCAUACAGCAAUACAAAUUCUUGCGCUUUAGGAGGUCUCUGCUCUUGCUUGUUAAACAUAGUUGUGUAGAAUCACUGUUCCUGGUUAGAAAUUUCUGCAUCUUGUAUUAUUUUCUGGGCUAUAUUCCCAAAGCUUGGAUUGGCACGGCUAUGGACCUUCGAGAAGAUAGGCAGUUAAAUCCUCUUGACACUGUGAGUGGUCUCUUGAAUCUCUCAUUACUCUACCAUGUCUGGCUCUGUGGUGUCUUUGUCUUAACAACUUGGUACAUCUCUUGGAUACUCUUCAAAAUCUAUGUUACAGAGGCUCAUCUGUUUCCUGUUCAACCACCAUUUGCGGAAGAAUCAGAUGAAUGCCUUCCUAAAGUUUUAAACAGCAAUCCUCCCCUCAUCAUAAAGUAUUUGGCCUUACAGGACCUGAUGUUGCUUUCUCAAUAUUCUCCUUCUCGAAGACAAGAAGUUUUUAGUCUUAGCCAACCAGGUGGACAUCCCCACAAUUGGACAGCCAUUUCAAGGGAGUGUUUGAAUCUUAUAAAUGAUAUGACUCAGAAACUGGUUGUCUACCAAGAAGCCGCUGCUAUAAAUGGAAGAGUAGGAUCUUCAUACCCAGUGGAACCUAAGAUAUUGAAUUGCCCAGAAGAAAUUACUUUUCAGACACCAAAAUCUAGCCAGGUGACUCAGCCUUCAGUGCCUCCAUUAGUUAAAACAUCACUGUUUUCUUCAAAAUUAUCUACACCUGAUGCUGUAAGUCCCCUUCGGGCCCCUUUUGCCUCUGGUGUAAUGAACCGAGUGACUGGCAUUUUGGAUGUAAACACUUGCUGUGGGUCACAUCAAAGUCCUCAGCUUAGAAGAAGAGAGCCAAGAUUAUGGUCAUCUGCAUCUGAUCAGCAGAUGACAGAAUUUUCUAAUCCUUCUCCAUCUACUUAUGUUGGUUCUGAGGGUAAGAUAGUGGGACAACCCAACGUGAUCUAUUCAUGGAUUCAAAAUAAACGUGAACAGAUUAAGAACUUCUUAUCAAAACGAGUGCUCAUAAUGUAUUUAUUCAGUAAGCACCCAGAAGCCUCUAUUCAGGCUGUUUUUUCAGAUGCCCAACUGCAUAUUUGGGCAUUAGAAGGCCUUUCUCACUUAGUAGCUGCAUCAUUUACAGAAGAUAGAUUUGGGGUUGUCCAGACAACACUACCAGCUAUUCUUAAUGCUUUACUGACGCUGCAAGAGGCUGUUGACAAGUACUUCAAGCUUCCUCAUGCGUCCAGUAAACCACCUCGGAUUUCAGAAAGCCUUGUGGACACUUCUUAUAAAACAUUAAGAUUUGCAUUCAGAGCAUCAUUAAAAACUGCUAUCUAUAGAAUAACUACUACUUUUGGUGAACAUCUGAAUGCUGUGCAAGCAUCUGCAGAACAUCAGAAAAGACUUCAACAGUUCUUGGAGUUCAAAGAAUAG